CAAUCCAGCCAUUCUCGACUCUCCACCCUUUUUUUUUCUUUGCUCUCCCGAGACCACCUGCCUGCAGCGUCCGUCCUCUUCCCUCGUCGUUGUCGCGAGGCCGUCUGGGUGCUUGGCUCUGCAACUCUCCACUCCAAUUGACUUUCCGUCUGCGCUCUCGCCGCGCUGAACGUCACCAUGUUGGCAUCUCGUCAGCUCCUGGGCGUCGCCCGGAGCCGCGCUCUGGGCUGCGCGAGCCUGGGCUUGCGGCGCAUGGCCACCUUGACCGACUCUCCGCUGGACAAGAAGGUCCGGCAAAACAACCUCGAGGAGAACAGCUUCAUCAACUACAAGAAGAUGUCGGAGAACCUCGCAAUCGUGCGGUCGCGACUCAACCGCCCCCUCACCUUUGCCGAGAAGAUCCUCUACUCGCACCUCGACGAUCCCCAUGGCCAGGAUAUCGAGCGGGGCGUCUCUUACCUCAAGCUGCGGCCCGAUCGCGUGGCCAUGCAAGAUGCGACGGCCCAGAUGGCGAUCUUGCAAUUCAUCUCGUCAGGCAUUCCCUCAGUGCGGGCUCCUUCUAGCGUGCACUGCGAUCAUCUCAUCGAAGCCCAGGUCGGCGGCGCGCAAGAUCUUGACCGCGCCGUUUCCGUGAAUAAAGAGGUUUACGACUUCCUUUCCAGCGCCUGCGCCAAGUAUAACAUCGGCUUCUGGAAGCCCGGCUCGGGCAUCAUCCAUCAGACGGUGCUCGAGUGGCUGGCAUUUCCCGGUGGGCUCUUGAUCGGCACUGACUCCCACACGCCCAACGCCGGUGGUUUGAGUAUGGCUGCCAUCGGUGUCGGCGGUGCCGAUGCGGUCGAUGUCAUGGCCGGUCUUCCCUGGGAGCUCAAGGCGCCCAAAGUUAUCGGCGUGAACCUCACUGGAAAGCUCAACGGCUGGACUGCCCCCAAGGACAUCAUCCUCAAGGUCGCUGGCAUCUUGACUGUGAAGGGCGGCACUGGAAGUAUUGUUGAGUACUUCGGAAGCGGCCUGGACAGCAUCUCUUGCACGGGCAUGGCUACCGUUUGCAACAUGGGCGCUGAAAUCGGUGCGACCACUUCCUUGUUUCCCUUUGGCGACCGCCAGUACGAUUUCUUGGCCGCCACCAACCGCAAGCACGUUGGCGACUUUGCGCGGGAAUAUGCCAAGGAGCUCCGCGCCGACGAGGGUGCCGAGUACGACCAGCUCAUUGAGAUCAACCUCUCGGAGCUCGAGCCGCACAUCAACGGCCCGUUCACUCCGGACCUGGCGACCCCCAUCUCCAAGUUCUCCGAGGCGGUCAAGGCAAACGGCUGGCCCGAGGAGCUCAAGGUCGCUCUGAUCGGCUCGUGCACCAAUUCGUCGUACGAGGACAUGUCCCGCGGAGCGUCGAUCGCCCGUGACGCGCUCGCGCACGGGUUGAAAGCCAAGUCGACCUUCUUGGUCACACCCGGAAGUGAGCAGAUCCGCGCCACCAUCGCGCGCGACGGCCAGCUGCAAACUUUCGAAGAAUUUGGCGGAGUGGUGCUCGCCAACGCCUGCGGCCCCUGCAUCGGACAGUGGGACCGCCGCGAUGUGAAGAAGGGCGAGAAGAACUCGAUUGUCUCGUCGUACAACCGCAACUUCACCGGCCGCAACGAUGCGAACCCUGCCACGCACGCUUUCGUCGCUUCGCCUGACCUCGUCGUUGCCAUGAGCAUCGCGGGUACGCUGCAUUUCAACCCGCUCACGGACAAGCUGAAGGAUAAGGACGGCAACGAGUUCCUGCUGGCCCCUCCCUCUGGCGACUCCCUCCCCGCCAAGGGCUACGACCCGGGUCAGAACACGUAUCAAGCACCCCCCCCGAACCGCGACGCCGUCUCCGUGCAGGUCUCUCCAAGCUCGGACCGCCUCCAGCUCCUCUCGCCCUUCAACGCCUGGGACGGCAAGGAUGCUCUUGACUGCCCCAUCCUGAUCAAGGCUCAGGGCAAGACCACCACCGACCAUAUUAGCGCGGCAGGCGCUUGGCUGAAGUACCGCGGACACCUGGACAACAUCUCAAAUAACUGCCUCAUCGGCGCCAUCAACUCGGCGAACGGCGAGGCCAACAAGGUCAAGAACCAGACGACCGGGCAAUGGGACGCCGUGCCGGCUGUUGCCCGUGACUACAAGGCCAAGGGCAUCAAGUGGGUUGUCAUUGGCGACUGGAACUACGGCGAAGGGUCUUCCCGCGAGCACGCCGCUCUGGAGCCCCGCCACCUCGGCGGUCUCGCCAUCAUCACCCGGUCGUUCGCCCGUAUCCACGAGACCAACCUGAAGAAGCAGGGCAUGCUGCCCCUCACUUUCUCCGACCCGGCCGACUACGACAGAAUCCAACCGGAUGACAGGGUGGACAUCCUCUGCACCGAGCUCGCCCCUGGCAAGCCCGUCACCAUGCGGGUGCACCCCAAGGACGGCUCGCCGUACGAGGUCAAGCUGUCGCACACGUUCAACGAGGGCCAGAUCGAGUGGUUCAAGAACGGCAGCGCGCUCAACACCAUGGCCAAGAUGGCGCAGAACUAGAUGAGUACAAUCCAGAUCGUGACGGUUGAUGGAGUCGGGAGAUGGGGGGUGAGAGAGAGAGGCAUGGAGAGAAGUAUUGUGAAUCGGAGGCUCAGGGAUCACCGGACUGGCGUCAUCCUCAGAUUUUUCUCUCUUGUUUGUGUGUAUAGUCAUGGUCCUUGCAUUUCAAUGGUUCGUUGUUGAAGUUUUACCUCCUUCGAGUCUCAUGAUUUGGAGUGUUUUGAGGGCAUGUGUGGCUGCUUGUGUCCUUGGGCUGGUUGUGUAUUUGCUUUUCCAUUGCUGAGUCAGUAGAAGGAAAAUGUGAGCUGGGUGUAAAAGGAGACGGAUGGGAGAGGUCUAUAGGGAACUUGAGAAAUAGACCGUUAAAUACAGUGUGGAUGGCCAAGGGCUGCGAUGUUGG